UAAGUACUUCUUCCCUUUCCAAUCCUCUACCCUCUCCAUUCUUAAUACCCUGUGCCCUAAGAGACAUUUUUUAGUACUUAACUAUGAUGUUUGAUUAUCCAAUCUCCAAUGAAACAUAUCCUUUGGUUAUUCCAUUGUUUUAUUUUGGUCUAGAGGCUCUAGGCAGUUAGCUCAGAACCUCCUCUCCAUUCCAUAUAUUUUAUAACCAUAAAACCAUAUAUAUGCAGGGCUAAUCAAAACCAGAGAGUUUUUGAAUGGGAGCAUGUUAUUCCCUUCAAGGAGUUUCAGGCGGAUUCUUAUGUCCACUAAAGCAGCACAAUUUACUUCUCGCACUCACUGCUGCCACUCCGUUUCUAUUCGCUUUUUCCAGGAUUCAAUUCCUUUAAACCCAACUAGACGCAACCAACUCUCAAACCAGAUCAUAUCCAUCCCAGUUGUUUGCUUUUGGUCCUCGCCUGUCUUUGUUGUUGCAAGUAGACUCAUUGGCAGUUGUCAAUCAUUUUCAACUAAGGCAUCUCAUAAUGAGGAGGAAGAACUGGUCCUGAAUGAAAUAUUUGCUGCCAUUGAAACUGCUCCAAGAUCUGCCUCAGAACUAUGUACUGCUUAUAUUGAUAAGCUGUGCAAGUCUGGAAAUAUUUCUGCUGCUGCUAGAUUUCUUAAAUCCUUGCAUGAUAAACAUACCUUCAUUAGCUCUAGAUCAUACAAUGUCCUAUUGGCAGCAGCCUGUGAAAAGAAUGACACGGCCCUUAUAUCUCAAGUUUUUUCAGAUGCAAUUGGGUCUUCUAAAACAUUCCCUCCAACUUCUUAUCUUUAUAUUGCAGAGGCUUUUGCAAAGACGAAUGAGUGCACAGAUCUGCUUAGGUUUAUCAAAGAUAUCUUGGAAUUGACCUUACCAAGCAUGAAUGUUCUAAAUAGUAUCAUUUUGGCAUUUGCAGAAUGUAGGAAAAGUGAUCAGGCUCUUUUGAUAUAUGACCAGAUAAAGAGUUCAAAAUACAAACCAGAUCUGAUUACGUACAAUAUUGUUUUGCAUAUUUUGGGUUGUGCUGGUCACAUAGAUAAAAUGCUUCAUGAGUUUUCCUCAAUGAAGGAAGCUGGGAUCGUCCCUGAUGUUAUUUCUUACAAUACAUUGUUAAACAGUCUGAAGAAGGCAGGAAGAGUAGACAUGUGUGCAGUAUUUUUCAAGGAAAUGGUUGACAAUAGAAUUCAACCAGAUUUGCUUACUUAUACUGCUUUGAUUGAUUGUAUUGGCCGUGCGGGAAAUGUUGAGGAAUCGCUGAGACUCUUUAGCGAGAUGAAGGGUAGGCAGAUUCGUCCUUCCAUCUAUAUUUAUAGGUCACUAGUCCAUAAUUUGAACAGGAUGGGGAAGUUGGAGUUGGCAAAGUCAGUCUUGGAGGAGAUGAAAUCAUGCAGUCCCUCGGAUCUGGCUAGUCCCGGUGAUUUUAAACCAUAUAUAAGGGGUAUUGGGCAAACCAAGUCCAAAUUUUUUUAGGUCCAUAGUGACUCAAAACAAUGCUAAAGGUGUUCAAUUGAAACAUGUUCAGGAGGUGAUGAACGUGAACAAGAUCUUAUCUUCUUGAUCGUGUAUUUGGUUUUACUUACACAUUUAAAUCAUGUUCAUCCGAGCAGCCUGCUUGUGCUUUGUGCAAAUAUUGUAAAAGAACGAUUGCCAGUGCAUGAAGAAGAAUGAGACCUUUUCAGGUGUAUUGCUAUGUUUUAGUUCCCAAAUUUUCCAGAAAAUAAUUGUACAAAGUACGUAUCAACUACAGAAAGUUUAGAAUUGUUCAUCACUUUUCUGUACUUAGUUUCAGGACUUAUCUAAACUUGAGCUACAUCAAUCUUGUUCAGCUAUAACAGCGCAGCCUUGCCUGUAACUUACUGCUUUAUGUAUUAUGAUCAGAUUCUCCCAAAAUUCCAUUAAUCUUAUACAAUGAUCAAAGAUUCUUUAAAGGUUGCCAUA